AUGGUCACCAAGCGACGUGCAUAUGACGUCGCUGUUCGCGAACUUCGAAGGAUGUACGAUGUUUUAAAACGUUCGAAGUUGCUGUACGCGUUUCCGUUCGGCAAAACGUUUGACAACGUACUCCGCGUUCUUGAAGAAUAUAAUAAGGGCGUUAAAAUGGUGUCGAUAAAGAAGCUCGGAAUUGGCGGUGGAGUUUCGUUUAUCUUCGGCAUUCUACUUUGGUGCGGGUUCCCAGCAUUGAUUAAAUCGCAAAUUAAAAAGGCGGUUCAACUGAAACCAGGAAGUGAGAUACGCGAUAUGUGGUCGGUUGUUCCGUUUCCACUGGAUUUUAAGGUUUACAUGUUCAAUAUAACCAAUCCUGAUGAAAUUAAGGAGGGUAAAAAGCCGAGGGUGCAGGAAGUCGGGCCGUUUUUCUACGACGAGUACAAGGUGAAGUUUGAUCUCGUCGAUCGAGAAGAUGAGGACUCCGUCGAGUACAGCAUGAAGACAACGUGGUUCUUCAACCCCAAGAAGAGCAACGGAUUGACAGGCGAGGAGAUAAUGGUAUUUCCUCAUCUCAUGAUUCUGGGCAUGGUGGGAGCCACCCUUCUGGACAAACCCGCUGCGAUCGGUGUCGUCGGCAAAGCCGUCGAUAGCAUCUUUCACAAACCGGACUCGAUAUUCGUGACAGCGAAGGCAAAGGAUAUACUUUUCGACGGUCUACCUGUCGAUUGCGACGUGAAAGACUUCGCCGGAUCGGCGGUGUGCAAUCUAUUGAAGACGGAAGCGAAAGAUCUGAUACCGGACGGUGAAAAUCGCUACAAGUUCUCCCUCUUUGGCGGGAAAAACGGUACCGGCGUGCCGGAACGUAUGAAAGUUCUGCGUGGUGUUAGAAAUUACAAGGAAGUCGGUCAGGUCUUAGAAUUCAAUGGUAAGCCCGCAUUAGACAUCUGGCCGGAGGAUCACUGCAAUGCUUUCAAUGGUACUGAUUCGACAAUUUUCGCACCUUUAUUCGGGCCGGACGAUGAUGUCGUCUCAUUCGGCUAUGAGAUCUGUCGAAGUCUUAGUGCACAAUUCGAGCGCCACACCAAAGUCAAAGGCGUUAAGACUCUCCGUUACACCGCGAAUUUAGGAGAUAUGAGCACGAAUCCUAUGGAAAAGUGCUUCUGUCCAACACCGGAGACUUGUAUGACGAGAAAUUUCUACGAUAUGACGAAAUGUUUAGGCGUCCCUAUUAUUGGAUCUCUACCACAUUUUUACGAUACCGAUGGAAAAUAUUUAGAGAUGGUGGAUGGCUUGCACCCGAAUCAGGAUGAGCAUGAAAUCGACAUGGAUUUCGAACCGAUGACGGCGACACCAAUACGCGCGCAUAAGCGGUUGCAGUUCAAUAUGUUCAUACAACCAGUAGCAAAAUUCAAAUUGAUGAAGAAUUUUCCAAAUGCGCUGCUGCCUCUGUUCUGGGUAGAGGAAGGGGUUCUUCUCGGCGACGAGUUCGUCAACAAAGUAAAGAUGGUGUUCAAAGUGAUGGCGGUCGUCAAUUUUCUAAAGUGGCUGCUAAUACUUGGAGGGAUAGGCUUGGGCGGCGCGGCUGGAUUUUUCUAUUACAAGAAUCGCGAUAGCGGCAAAUUGGAUAUUACAAAAGUUACUCCGAAGACCAGCGGGGACAACAAGCCGGAGAAGAGCUGGCCACCUGGGAUGAACAUCAGCACAAUACAAGCGGCGUCGGUACCGUCCAGCCUCGACAGAAAUUAAACCGCUUAUUAGCGGAAAGCUAAUAUGAAUAUUAACGUCGCAAAAGUCCAUCUCCCUUCAGUCCCAGAUAUCUUUCUUUAACUAAAAUUAUUGUUAAAAUAUAUAUAGUUGAGCAGGCUUUUUCAAAUAUGACGAAGGAUAAAAGUGUCUUGAAAAGAAUAGGAUAACAAACUAUCCUUUUUUCAUGAAAGUAAAAUAAGGAUUUAAUGUGGCGGCAUUAAGUGACUGAAGGACUAAAAGGGCUAAAGUUAUCACGACUAUAAUAUGUAUAAUAAACAAUCAUGGCAAUAAUGUUGUUACCAUGCAUAUCUGGAGCUGACAUUUUAGCCCAGAUUUACCAAAGAUAACAUGACAUUUCAGCCCAGAUUUACCAAAGAUAAAUGCGGUUUUUCUUUAAAAAUGAUCAAUCUCGAGAAUAUAUAAAUAAGGAUGUAGAUAAGACUCAAUGCGUCAUGUGAAACAUAAUUGAAAUUAAUUAUUUAACUACCUCGUUGUAAGAAUGUUACAAAUCUCUCAUUUUAUAAUGCACUUGUAAUAAUGUACACUGUACAGUAUGAAUCAGCAGUUCUUAAUCUUCGUUUCUCGGUUCGUGAAUCAAUUAUGUAAAUAUAUAUUUGAGGAUUUUUCAACUUUAAACUUUAUGAGAAUUUUAAAACGCGUUUUAUGCCGUUAAUACAUGAACUUUGAUUUUAUAAUAUAGCGAUUCGGCACGCAAAGAUAUAAAAAGAUUAAGGACCGCUGACAAUAGACAUACAUAAUUAGUUAUACUUAAUGAAAAGGAACCGUUUAGAUUUAGAGAUUUUAAGUAUCUUCUAAUAGAUUAAAUACAACAACUAUCAUCCGACUAGAUACAAAGCGAGUAAAAAUAGCGAAUACCGUUAAAGAAAUAAUAUAUUUAUCUAAUUU